GAAACCUCAGAAGAAACGCAAGGGAAGAUGGGGAGAGCCCCUUGCUGUUCCAAGGUGGGGCUGCACAGAGGGCCAUGGAAUCCAGAAGAAGAUGCUCUGCUCACCAACUAUAUCCAAUGCCACGGGGAAGGAAACUGGAGGACUCUUCCUAAAAACGCAGGUCUUCUUAGAUGUGGAAAGAGCUGCAGACUGAGAUGGAUGAACUAUCUGAGGCCUGACAUCAAGCGUGGCAACAUCGGGCAAGAUGAAGAAGAUCUCAUUAUCCGACUUCAUUCAUUGCUCGGCAAUAGAUGGUCUUUGAUAGCUGGAAGGUUGCCCGGUCGAACCGAUAACGAAAUAAAGAAUUAUUGGAAUAGCCAUCUCAGUAAGAAGCUCAAAAGGCAAGGAAUUGAGGUUAGAGAAGGGACCUACAAAGGUACAUCAAAACGAGCCCGGCCGAUAUCACAAAAAAGGAGUGACAGCGUUAACAAG